AUGGAAGGCGGUUCCGUAGAGUGGAAUGGUGGGCGGGAACGUGGGCGGUCCAGGAAGCCGUGGGUGUGGGCGGCUCUGCAUAUCCUGGCUUUGUUGGUCACGGCCGCCCGCGCGCAGCUGGACAACGAGGACUCUGUUUUGGGUGUCUUCAUGGACUCGGGCAUCGUGCAGGGAGAGCGCUCCGUGGCCCAGGACCUCGUCGUAUCCACAGUGAGUGCCAGUGCCGCCGCCAUGACCAGGGGGAGUGUCACUGUCAAGGCACUGUCCUCCAUGAAUGACACGAUGCCCGAGAACAUGGCCGCCGUGUUGACCAUGUCGUCAUGCGAAGCUACUCAUGCCUGGGCUAAGGGCUUGGCGGAGAUGGGGAAGCUGCAUAUUGCGAUUGGUGAGGGAUUGCCUGCUGGGUGCCCAAGGAUCAGAUUCCCAACCGCCCUAACGGUUCCUUUGUCCAGCGGCGCCAGGGACAUUGUGCAGGUGUUCACUGAUCUUCGAAACAAGAACACGCUCACCUGGAACGACAUUACACUUAUUCAUGAUGAUAGUGUGGACAAACCUGAAAUUAACGAUUUGGUGAACCUCUUGGCCGACAGUACCGACAUGUCCAAAGAGACAGCCAUUACCAUUGUCGAUCUCGCUUCCGCUGAAACCUCGUCUAUGAAACUGGGCAAACUCUUCUCGUCUCUGGGGCCUCGUCCGGGCGAGCCUCAGAACAGACAGUUUCUCGUCAUCGCUUAUAAGGACGAUAUCAUCCCUAUUCAAGACUUGGCUCGAUCCCUAGGCCUCUUCGGCUCCCAGCAUCAGUGGCUCUUCGUCGUCCCGAACACCCACGCCCUUCGCUACGACAUGGACUCCUAUUUGGCCAACAUGAAGGACGGGGACAACAUGGCCUUCGUGUACAACAUGUCCGAUCUCGCUCCCACUGUUAAUUGUAAUAACGGAUACGACUGUUACAUAAAGCUGUUAACUUCACAAUUCGUCGAGUCUCUGUCGGAGGCGCUGACGAAGGAGCUUGAUCUCUAUUUUCAGGUGUCCGAAGAAGAAUGGGAAGAAGUGAAGCCAACGCCAGCCCAGCGCGCGAUCACUAUUGUGAAAAUGAUGAUGGAAAAGCUCAAGGAAUCGGACGAGUGCUCCCGCUGCACGCGCUGGGGCUUGCAAGCUGCAGAGGUCAUGGACUCCGAGAGGUUCGAGUUGCUCAACGUUGCAGACUGGCGACCCAUGACCGGACUGAGCCUCUUGGAUGACCUCUUCCCUCAUGUCACGGGAGGUUUCCGAGGUCGAACCAUCCCUGUGACCUCGGUUCAUUACCCUCCAUGGCAGAUUUUCGAGAAGGAUAAGUCGGGUCGAGUCGUCGGGUAUUCGGGGCUCAUGUUCGAAGUCCUGAAUGAGCUUGCUUCGAAACUCAACUUCACGUGA